AUGUCACGAGAUUAUGGAUACGGCCGCGGUCGUGGAGGAGAACGAUGGGACAGUGAACGCUUCGCUGUCGAGCGAGACCGUGCACGCUUCGAAGAGAGAGACUCCCGUUUUACCCGCACUGAAGACUUCGGACGAGCCCGAGAACGAUCGGUCGACGAAAUAUACGAACGAAGAGGCCCACGAGGCUUCGAAGAAGACAGAUACGAGCGACGAGACUAUUAUGAGGACGACAGAGACUACAACAGAUUUGGCCGAGAUAGAAAUCUAAGUGUAACUAUUGAGAAAGAGCGUGAGAGGGAUGUAUAUGAAGCCGAGCCACCAAGGCGCAGCAAUAGACCAGCUUUCUUGAGGCGGCAGUCGAGUCUGGAUACCUUUGAUCGGAAGCCCUUGACUAGAUUCGUUGAGAGAGAGGAAUAUGGUCUACCUGCAAGAUAUCGACCAGAAGUCAGACCUCCUCCGUUGACACCCAUCCCCUUACCCAGGACCAGAGCUCUACCACCGCCAAGACGAUUUGCCGAAAGAGAAAACUACGACGAGAUCGAGAUCGCAGAACCGGACUUCUAUGGUGAUGAACGUUUCAGAGGAUAUCCUGAAAGAGUCCGCGAGAGAGAGAUCAUCAGGAAGAAGAAGCGCAGCAGAAGCCGAGAGAGCAGAGCAAGCCACAGCGUCCGAGGCAGCGUGAGAAGCAGCAGCGUCAGCUCUUCGAGCAGUGGCGGCGAGACAACGACAACGGCUGUCAGUGUGAGAAGCGAGUUCCCAAAGAAGGGCAAAACAAGAAUGCCUGCUAGACUGGUGAGCAAGCGGGCAAUCAUCGACUUGGGGUACCCAUUUGAAGAAGAGGGUGAGACAAUCAUCAUCAUGAAAGCUUUAGGCCGUGAAAACAUAGACGAGGUCAUCAAGCUUAGUGAAGAUUACAAAGCGAGCGAGACGUUAUCAGAGCCCUCGACAAAUCUAACGACGUAUUCUUACAAUUCAGAAGUUGAAAUGCAUGGUGGUCGCUCUGAAGCCGGCACUGUGAUUGAAGAGCGCCACGAGGUGUUCACCAUUCCACCACCCCCUGCAGCACACCACGCACCACCAGCUCCUCCCGUUCAGAUCGUAGAGGAUACCAAGAUCAUUGAACACCGUGCACCAUCUCCCCACCACGCCCACCACGCCGGCCCUAUAAUCAUGGAUGCCAGACCGCACGAGGAGAGCACCUUCGUCGAGCGAAGGGAAGUCUAUGAACGAUCCGAUCCUAUGCCCGUUGGCCCGCUCGUCUUAGCGGCUCCUGAUCGUCGGAAGGACGAGCGUGCUAUCCGGGCCGAAAUCAAAGCCUUGGAAGCUGAGAAGGAAGCUUUACGCGCCGAGAAGCGUGCCGAGAAGGAGAUGCGCAAAGCAGACCGCAUUCGUCGUGAGGGCCGAGCAUCUGAGGGUGAUUUGGUUCUCUAUGAACGUGACCGCUUUGAGACCGCCAACGAAGAGAUUACUUUGGUUCGAAGAGAGAGGAUCGAGGAACCUGAAGGAGGUGUCAGAAUUGAGAAGGACAAGAAAGGUAGGAUGGCCAUCAGCGUACCGAAAUACUAUCGAUAG